AGCUGUUGUGUUACAAAGUGAUUAGAUAACUGGCAGCACCUGGCUGACUUACCACUGCAGACACAGACAGCCUCCAGCAGUUUUUAAUGUUGUAGACCUGAAUUAUCAAAAGCAAAACAAAUAUUCUGUUUUAACAUGCUCCAAGCAAAAUCCUUACUUUUUCUUUUAUUCGUCUCUGCCUUAUUGAUUGCGAGCUGUCAAAUCGCUGAAGGUGCAGAAGAUGGCUACAAAAAUGAUGGAACCGGUGAACUGGAAUCAUUUAAUAUUACUUUUAACUCAUCUAGGGCUAUCUCACAUUUUGCCUAUGGAAUUACUGCAAAUAUGGCUGCUGUAUUUUUGUAUGGAAGCAACUUCGUUCCUGUCAAAAGAGUAGAGACUGGCGAUGGUAUGUUUUUUCAGUGGGUUACCUGUGCAGCAAUAUGGGUUGUAUCUAUGUUUGGAGACUUGAUGCUUCAGUCACCCAAGUUCUGCCCAUUUGCAAUGCUUGGAGGUGUGCUUUGGGCCACAGGAAAUGUAGCAGUUGUUCCAUUUGUUAAAGCUAUUGGCCUUGGUCUUGGCAUCUUAAUUUCGGGAUCCUCUAAUUUGUUGAUGGGCUGGGCCAGUUCAAGAUUUGGCUGGUUUGGGAUUGCUGCACAGAACGUUUCACAUCCAAUAUUAAAUUAUUGUGGAGCUGGGUUGUGUCUGCUAAGUGGGCUGAUCUUUUUCUUUGUGAAAGCGGAUGUAGAGCUACUUCACAGUUCAGAAACAAUUCCAUUACUGAUUGACAGAAGAACAAAUUCAGGAAGCUAUGGACAAAAUUCCUCUGAAUCCUGGAUCGACACUAUUGGACCAAAGAGCAAACGAUUCAUUGGUUUUCUCCUUGCUGUUGUGGCGGGCCUCAUGUAUGCUUUCUCCAUCAUACCGGUCCUGUACAUUAAGAGCAAUUCUGUGCACCAUGACAGCAUGUUCUAUGAAUCCAGUGUCUACGAUCUCGACUAUGUUCAUGCACACUGCUGUGGUAUUUUCAUUGCAAGCACUGUGUACUUUGCCAUCUAUUGUGCUGCCAUGAAUACAAAGCCAAAGCUUUACUCCAGAGCUGUACUUCCAGGUCUGUUGUCUGGACUGAUGUGGGCAAUUGGGACAUACUGCUGGUUCCUGGCCAAUAACUACCUGAAUUCUGUCAUUACAUUCCCAAUUGUCACAGUGGGCUAUGGUCUGGUUGCUGCUCUGUGGGGGUGCCUGGUGUUUAAAGAGAUUAAGGGCUUGGCGAACUGCCUGAUCUUCUCAUUGGCCUCAUGUGUUGUGCUGACCGGAUCUGUGCUGACUGUCAUAUCAAAUCUCUAAUAAUGCAGAACAGUCAAACAUCUAAUUUUCUCCAUUUUUGUUUUCUGUAUCAGUGAGGAGAAAAGGCAGUGUUUGCUUUUUAUAAAUGCAUUAAAUCAUGUUUAGAAAAAAUUGAAAUAUAAUUAUAAACCUUUUUACAUAGCAUAGCAGAAACCUUAUGCUCUGCAGUUCACUGUUAGGAAAAUAUUUAAAGUGGAUUUGCGUCUGGACUUUGAAAAUCUAUUUGGUUUGUUACUAACAAAUAAAUAACACAAAUGUCACAUUUAAUGCAUCACACAGCAGCUGCUGUUUUCAAUAAUCGGGACUGGCUUUUCCAGCAUUGCAGAGGUUGUGUAUAUAUGCCACUGAGGUCUACUUUACAGAUGUAAGAAAAAGAUGGUUAAUGCUAGACUGAAUACUGCAAAAUUGCUAUUAAAACACUUGAAAUUCCACCAAUGGCAUCUCUCACAUUUCCUGGG